AUGAUGACCAUGACUACGAUGGCUGACGGUUUGGAAGGCCAGGACUCGUCCAAAUCCGCCUUCAUGGAGUUCGGGCAGCAGCAGCAGCAGCAGCAGCAACAGCAACAACAGCAGCAGCAGCCGCCGCCGCCGCCGCCGCCGCCGCCGCCGCCGCCGCCACAGCCGCACUCGCAGCAGAGCUCCCCGGCCAUGGCAGGCGCACACUACCCUCUGCACUGCCUGCACUCGGCGGCGGCGGCAGCGGCGGCGGCCGGCACGCACCACCACCACCACCAGCACCACCACCACGGCUCGCCCUACGCGUCGGGUGGCGGCAACUCCUACAACCACCGAUCGCUCGCCGCCUACCCCUACAUGAGCCACUCGCAGCACAGCCCUUACCUCCAGUCCUACCACAACAGCAGCGCGGCCGCCCAGACGCGAGGGGACGACACAGAUCAACAGAAAACCACAGUGAUUGAAAAUGGGGAAAUCAGGUUCAAUGGAAAAGGGAAAAAGAUUCGGAAGCCUCGGACCAUUUACUCCAGCCUGCAGCUCCAGGCUUUAAACCACCGCUUCCAGCAGACUCAGUACCUGGCCCUUCCCGAGAGAGCUGAACUGGCAGCUUCGUUAGGACUGACACAAACACAGGUGAAGAUAUGGUUUCAGAACAAACGCUCCAAGUUUAAGAAACUGCUGAAGCAGGGCAGUAACCCGCAUGAGAGCGACCCCCUCCCGGGCUCGGCGGCCCUGUCGCCGCGCUCGCCGGCGCUGCCUCCAGUGUGGGACGUUUCCGCCUCGGCCAAGGGCGUUAGUAUGCCGCCCAACAGCUACAUGCCCGGCUAUUCUCACUGGUACUCCUCUCCGCACCAAGACACGAUGCAGAGACCACAGAUGAUGUGAGUUGUCCGAGGGAAAUCGCUACCAUAGGGAAACUUCCGGACAAGGCAAGGAGGAUCUGGGACCUGCUUGCAUCUGCCAAACGGAGCCGAAGGAGCAGGCUCGGGAGAACUCGUACAGGUGGCGAGGGACUGGCUGGGCGCUUGCUCGCUCUUUCUCUCUCACUCGCUUCCUUUCUAACCCUUCCCUUUCCUUUCUUCCCUUCUUUCCUUUCCUCUCUCCUCCUCCUUUCCUCUGUACCUUUCUUUUUCUUCUUUCCUUUCCUAACCUUGUCUAUUUUCACCUUUGAGCAACCUCAGUAAUUGAUCUUGCAACUCAGAGAGAGGGAGGGAGAGGUUUCUAUGCCAGCGUUCCAGAAACCCCUCACUGUAAGGAAAAUUUCUCUUUCCCUUUGGGAAUCCAGGCUUUGAGCCUCCUCUUCUCUUUGGGAAUAUCCAUCAAAACGACUUUUUUACAGACACUUUUUUUUCCCCACCAGAAGAAUCUGUGCAAACAUGGCAGCGUUUUUACUUGUUUAAUGAGCUUAAGACAUUACAUGAUGAAAAAGAAGCAUUUCAGACUCCUGUGUUUUUAUUUACCAAUCUCAGACUGACCAAAAAAGAAAAAACCCUCAUAACAGCCCUCAAAAGAAAAAGAAAAAUCAGCUGUAAGUUUAGAAUGUUGUCACAAAAGGAAUGCUGCAUGUUUUAUCAAAAUGGAAUGGGCAGAAAUGAUGGGAAACAAAACAAAACAAAACCACUCUAUCCCCAUCCAGACCCCAAACCCUGAACUGGAAUCAGGAAAGACAGAACGAGGAACGAACCAAAUCACCAUUCUGUUACUUUGACACCUUUCCUAGGUGAAUUGGUGGCAUUCACUAAGCUAACAGGGACGUUUAUAUUGAGAACAUUUCUGUAUAUAUUGUUGAAUUUUAGUUGUACAUAUACUUUGUAUGUUUUUGUCUUCUUUCAUAUAUGGAGUAAAAGCCACAAAAUGCUG